GCGCGUGCGCCCUCUCACCCCACCCCAGCGAACAGGCGCCUGGACCGUCGCACAGUCAGUCAUCGGAGAGAGAGGCCGCGCGCGUAACAUGUUGUGGCAGAGCGUGGCCGAGAUCUUCCUCUUCGUGAAAGGACUCGGCGAAGCAGAUAAGAUACAGUGUCUGUGCACCAGAGCUUUUGUAGAUGACCGGGAUUUUUACCGUCAAGGAUUGAAAGGAAUAACCUAUGAUGAAGACGACGAUGAAGGAGAUGUACAAAAGGAAGAAGGAAAGAGUGACGAAGACUCAAAUUCCAAUGCUGAAUCCACUCUUAAUGCUAUGGAGAUGCAGGAAGAAAGUGAAAUGGAUUCUGAGGCUGAGCUAAUGGCAAGUAUGGGAUUGCCCCUCCAAUUUGGAAGGUCAACCCAUCGGAAGCCAGUGAUAACCAGCUCUUCAAAGAAAAAAAUGAAAAAGAAAACAACAACUUACUGGUGUUCAGAAGAGGUUCUCGGCGUGUGUAAGGAAAGUCCAGGGGAAACACUUAAUGUUCUCCCAGAUGUCCCUGACGUGAGGUUGGCUCAAGAAGAAACUGGCAUUGAUGCAGAGUGCAGACUCGUUAAUAUUGAAGAAGGCAAACUAAAAAAUAAUGAGUCUUGUAGCCGUUCCUCUGAAGGAGAACCAAUAUUGCAGGUACAACAAACAGCAGAUUGGGAAAAAUAUUGGAAUCAAUAUGGUGAGGGGCUUGUGUGGCAAAGCUGGUUGGACCAAUAUCCUGAUGGGAUAGAAGGUACAUCUGUGCCUUGGGAUUGUCCCAACACUAAAGAUCAAUGGCAACAGCAUUAUAGUGAACAGUACUGGAUCUAUCAUGAGCAGUUUCAAUACUGGGUUUCUCAAGGCUGGUCUGUAGACUGCAACAAUGCUACAUGCAGUGACCUAGGCAUGGAUGUGUCUUGUGCAAAUGCACAUGAAUCAGAAGAGCUCCUCGGUGAACCUGAAAACUCUGCUGAUGGAAACUUCACCGAACCAACGAUGGAUCUGGGCUUUCCAUCAAAUGCAGAAAGUGCAGUUGAAAACAGCGAAGAAAAUAUUGGUGGGGAAAUUGUCAGUCUGAUCAGUAACAUAAGACUCAAUUCAGGAAAUGUCGACAAUCCUUCAAUGGGUACACAGUGCAGUGCCUACCAGAGUCCUGCAGAUAUUGCAAGUUCUGGUGUAUGUGUUUCUGAUCAGACCGAGCCCUGUGACGGAGGUACCAGUAAAAGAUGUGCGUCUGGUGGAGGAACUUCCACAGUCCAGUCAGCCCCACAUCAAGUUCCAAGUGAAGCUUCAAGGAAUAAUGGUGCACCAAGAAUCAGUCAGAGCCAUAAAGAUGAGGAAGGUGGUGAUCCACCAGAAUCUAGAGCAGUGAAGUUCAAGCGAAGUCAUGAAUUAGAUGCUGAGGAGAAUCCAACAGUGUCAGUGGAAGAUGCCUGUUCAUUAUUGGGAUUCAAACACCAUGCAGGUGAAAGGUGCAAAUCUUCGAAUUUUAGUCAUGGACAUGCACGGUAUUAUAAGAAGGACAGACAACUGAAGUUCAAACAACUUGACAUGCAUCGACCAGCAAAUGCCAAAAAUAAGCAUAUAUUUUUUACUGAAGAAGGAGAAGUUUUGGGCUCCAAGAAGAAUAAAACUAUAAUAAAGGUACAAAACUUCCUAAAACGAGUAGUUUUACCUUCAAAGGACUCUGUUAAUGCAGAGACAAACCCCUAUACGACUCACACCUCUGACUCCAACCUGCACAAUUGUUGUGAUACAGACAAUUCCAAUGCAGGGGGAAAAUGUCACCGUGACACCCAAGAGAGAGGAACAUUUAUUGGGGAAGAAAUCCUUGGAACUCCAGUGUCUGUGCAUGUUCCCUCCAACUCCAAUAUCUUCACCGAAGAAAAAAAGGAAGAGUUUCCCAAACCAUGUGAGAUGGCGCCUUCCCCUGCUCAGGAGCACUCCACUGACAAUCACGACCAGUCUGAUGGCAGACAACUGCUUCCUAUUGACAUUCCAGACUUUCUUCUUCCCGACACUGAUCAAACGGAGCAAGUCCAUGAAUUGGAAAGAACAAAGCGGGUUAAAAAGAACAAAUGGAGGAAAAAGAAGAAAGUUUAUCAGAUACCAUCAGACAUAGCAGCGGUCCCAGAAUUGGUCAAGUACUGGGCUCAGCGUUACAGGCUGUUCUCUCGCUUUGAUGAGGGAAUCAAACUUGACCAGGAGGGCUGGUUUUCUGUCACUCCAGAGAAGAUUGCUGAGCACAUCGCCAAGCGUGUCAUGCAGCACUUUCAUGGAGUUAUCAUUGUGGAUGCAUUCUGUGGAGUGGGAGGGAACUCCAUUCAAUUUGCGUUAACUGGAAAUAGAGUGAUUGCUAUUGAUAUUGAUCCUGUAAAGAUUGACCUCGCCCAGAACAACGCUCGAGUCUAUGGUGUGGAGGAGCAGAUUGAGUUUAUCUUGGGUGACUUCAUGCUGCUGGCCUCUGAUCUAAAAGCUGACGUUGUGUUUCUCAGCCCUCCGUGGGGCGGGCCGGACUAUGUCAACGCCGACAUCUUCGAUCUGAAAACCAUGAUGUCCCCCGAUGGAUGCGAAAUUUUCAGGCUCUCCCAGAAGAUUUCACCAAACAUAGUUUAUUUCCUGCCCCGGAAUGCUGACAUCGAGCAGGUGGCAUCCUUAACCGGACCAGGAGGACGGGUGGAAAUUGAGCAAAACUUUCUCAACAACAAGCUGAAGACAAUCACUGCUUAUUUUGGUGACUUGAUCCGGAAUGAAUAAAGCGAAUGUUGUAGAUUAGCCAUUGUGUGAUGAACCAACAUAAUAAAACCUUUUUACUUUUGA